UUGUACACACAAAAACAUCAUCCAUAUCUUUGUCAUUUUUUUCUCGUUUAUUUCUUGUUUUGUCUCAUGCAAUGAUGCAUGAUUACGAUAUAGGAGACAAAGUGGAAGUAUGCAGCGAAGAAGAAGGUUUUGAAGGUUCAUACUUUGAAGCCACAGUUGUUGCAUGCAUUGAGAAUGGAGAAUAUGCGGUUCGUUACACAAACCUUUUGUCAGAUGACGAAUCUGCCCCUCUCAUUGAAAUAGUUAAAGCAAAUGAGGUUCGUCCAUUACCACCAUGUGUUAAUCCUCAAGACUUCAAUUUCUACCAAAAAGUUGAUGCUUUUGAUAAUGAUGGUUGGUGGAUAGGAUUAAUCAUUAGUGAGAAAAUUGCCACUCAAAAUGGUUAUUACUAUGGGGUGUAUUUCCAAAAUACCAAUGAAACUAUUCACUUCCGAUUUGAUCAAAUUAGGGUUCAUCAUGAGUGGGUUGAUGGAGAAUGGAUCUUGGAAGAAAGCAUGCGUCCACCAAUGAAGAAAGUUGAUUACAAAGAAGGAGACAAAGUUGAAGUAUGCAGCAAAGAAGAAGGAUUCAUCGGUUCAUACUACGAAGGUACAAUUGUUUCGUGUCUUGAAAAUGGAAAAUAUGUUGUUUGUUACAAGAAUCUUAUAGAAGAUGACAAUUCUGGUCGUUAUCUCAAAGAGACACUUUACCCAAAAGAGCUUCGUCCAUUACCGCCACGUGUCCGUAAUCCAACCAAUUUUAAACGGAAUCAGAAAGUGGAUGCUUUUGAUAACGACGGUUGGUGGUUAGGUGUAAUCGCAAGUGAGAAGAUGGUUCAACAAAAAAUUGAUUAUUAUAAAGUUUAUUUCCCUAAUUGCAAUGAAUCCAUUUACUAUCCUUCUCAUCGAAUUAGACUUCAUCAUCAAUGGUUUGCUGGACACUGGAUCAAGUAACCUUAAUUCAUCAACAAUUCCCGAAUUACCCUUUUCUUUUUUAUGUAUUAUGAAUUGCUUAUUGCCAAUUUAUAAAACUAUUUUUUCUUUUGUUAUUUCA